GCUCCGCGAAAGGGUGAGCGUUUUGAAGGUUGUACAGUCAGAAGCUUUAACAUCAUUGCAGACAGCAUAGGUCGCAACUUUGUUUUUGGCAAAAAAAAAAUCAGCUGAGAAGUCUGCAGAGCCCGACCGCAGCACCUCCCAAGUUUAACCCGUCCUCCUUCCCCUGCUGAGCUCAGCUAAUAAAGGUCUCCGGGCAGGCAGUGAGGAGAUGCCCUCCUCUCCUAUUUAAAAAUGAAAAAGUUUGAUUAUAUUUCGCCCACGGCACGGUGGAAUGUGGCAGCCGUGUGGCUUCUCCUCAAGGUCAGUAUCUGAGCACCGCCGCCUCUCGGAGGACUUUAUUUUUUUCGGGAAGGAGGAAAAAGAACGAGGAAGGGAAUUAGGGAUGCUGUUGUUUGUCCUCGGAACCAACAUCUUUCUGCGACUGGGACGUUGUCAGAAGAGCCUCUGACACACGGUGAAGGGACAAACUUGUGAACCAGCCGUGUUUUUCGGCGGUGUCCUCUCCGUCUGGAGAAAAGGAAACUGAACUCCUCUCAGCAUCUCGGCGUUUCCUGCUUCCCUCCAACAACGGCCUGCGUCGUCGGUGUCACGGUUUACCUGGCCGCGAGGAAGACGCUGAAGUCAAGCUAGCUAACGCCAACCGUCAGUGAGUCAGAAUGUUCUUUAGGUUCGGUUUCAGGUGAGCGCUGAAUCGCUCCCUUGGCUAAUUAUCUCACUCAGCAAAGCUGUGUGUUGUUCGCCUCAACUUCAUUGAAGUCCUGAGGUGAACUUUCAUAAAGUACUUUAACAGGGCAAAGAUCUACGAUUAUUUUCCACAUUAUGCCCUCGAGGAUGGGUGCACGCGCUCCGGCGGGCUUCGCUAGAAGUUUCUGGGAGCUGGGACUCCUGCUGCUGCUGGUUUUUGUGCUGCUUCAGGGCUCCGUGUUCCCCUACGGAGCUGACGCUUCCAGCCAGCACGCAAAGGACGGCUGCUCCAGCACACACGAGGGGAAACCCAACAGGACCAAGAAGGUUUUCCCCGUCCUCAGCUUCGAGUACGACCACAUCAAAACCCCCUUCGAAGUCUCGCUAUGGGUACUCUUCGCGUCACUGAUGAAACUGGGAAUGCAGAGGUUGUUAUCCUGACUUGUUUGCUGAAUCGAGGCUUUCCUGACUGGCAUGCCUAAACCCACAGAGAUUGCUUUAUCAUUAUAGGAUUUCAUUUGGUUCCUCGCCUGUCCAGUAUUGUCCCAGAAAGCUGCCUGUUGAUUGUGGUUGGCCUGCUGGUUGGAGGACUCAGCAAACUGAUUGGAGAGUCAGAAUUACCUAAACUGGACUCAGGAAAUUUUUUUCUAGUCCUGCUGCCCCCCAUCAUCUUGGAUGCUGGUUAUUUCUUACCCAUCCGUCCCUUCAUGGAGAACCUUGAUACCUGCAGCUGGCCUGACACACUUAGGGCUUCUGUCCUGCCUGCUGUUUGGCUCUAUCAUCUCUGCUGUGGAUCCUGUAGCUGUACUCGCUGUGUUUGAAGAGAUCCACAUCAAUGAGCUGCUACACAUCCUUGUGUUUGGUGAAUCUCUGCUCAACGAUGCAGUGACUGUGGUACUCUACCACCUAUUUGAAGAGUUCUCUGCCUUUGGCACAGUGACAGUGUUGGAUGGCUUUCUGGGAGUCAUCUCCUUCCUUAUUGUGGCGUUCGGUGGAGUUUUAGUGGGAGCCAUCUAUGGGAUUCUGGCUGCCUUCACCUCUCGCUUCACCUCCCACAUGCGCGUCAUCGAGCCACUUUUUGUUUUUGUGUACAGCUACAUCGCCUACCUGUCAGCAGAGCUGUUCCACCUGUCCGGCAUCAUGGCGUUAAUCGCGUGCGGAGCUGUGAUGCGACCUUAUGUGGAGGCUAACAUAUCUCACAAGUCCCACACCACCAUCAAGUACUUCCUGAAAAUGUGGAGCAGCGUCAGUGAGACGUUGAUCUUUAUCCUUCUUGGUGUCGCAACAGUCGGAGGGCCUCACAACUGGAACUGGAUCUUUGUCACAUCCACUGUUUUUCUGUGUCUGGUCGCACGUGUCAUAGGUGUGAUUGGUCUCACCUUCAUAAUCAACAAGUUCCGCAUCGUCAAACUGACCACCAAGGAUCAGUUCAUCGUGGCCUACGGUGGCCUUCGAGGUGCAAUCGCCUUUUCCCUCGGCUUCCUGUUGGAAGUCGAAGAUGAAGAGAUGAGGCACAUUUUCCUCACGGCCAUCAUCACCGUCAUCUUCUUCACCGUCUUUGUUCAGGGUAUGACUAUUAAACCCCUUGUGGAGCUGCUGGCUGUGAAAAAGAAGCAAGAGGCAAAGCGCUCCAUAAACGAAGAGAUCCACAUCCAGUUUCUUGAUCACCUGCUGACAGGAAUUGAAGAUAUCUGUGGACACUAUGGACACCACCACUGGAAAGACAAAAUGAACCGCUUCAAUAGGAAGUAUGUGAAGAAAUGGCUGAUAGCAGGGGAGCGCUCGAAGGAGCCACAGCUCAUUGCCUUCUACCACAAACUGGAGUUCAAACAGGCCAUUCAGCUGGUGGAGAGUGGAGCGGGAGGCAAGCUUUCUUCUGCUCUGCCUUCCACAGUUUCCAUUCAGAACAUUCAACCCAAGAAGCCUCCUCCAGCUCCUGAGCCUAGAGAGAGAGUUCUCCCACAGCUGCCCAAAUCCCGGGAGGAGGAGAUCAGGAAGAUCCUCAGGAGCAACCUUCAGAGGACCCGGCAGAGGCUGCGCUCCUACAACAGACACACUCUGGUGGCGGAUCCUUAUGAGGAGGGUUUGAAUGACCUCCUCAAGAAGCAGAAGAUGUUUGAGCUGGAGAAGAAGAUAAAAGAGAUGAAUAACUACCUGUCAGUGCCUGUAGCUACUUCUGACUCUCCAACGCUGCGCAGAGCCAGGCUGGCCUCAGGCAGACAAACAGAUUUUAAACCUGAUGAGCAACAGAAUGGAAAGAAACAAACUUCAGAUCCACAAGCCUAUAAUGUGAAGCCAGACCCGGUUGACGUUCCAACCAUCCAGGUGGAGCUGGCCUCCCCGCAGUCUCCAGACUCUGUCAACAUCAUGGAUGAGUUCAGAAAGGACAAGGAGAAAGACGAGGACACGGGUCUCACCAUGAAGCUUCCUUCAGGGCCUAGUGCUCCCCCGAGGAAGCAGAGUGAGGAGGAGGACGCAAAAGAUCCGCAGAAGCUCACGAGGUGCCUGAGCGACCCCGGACCCAGCGCAGACGAAGGUGAGGAUGACCCGUUCUUGCCCUAAAAAAGCAGGGCCAAAGAGCUCAGGCUGCACGGCUCCAAAAAGAAUGCUAGUAGUUCAGCAAGAAACGAGCCAAAACUGCUGUAGGAGCUUGAAGCAAAAAGACGACAUCAAAGAAGCAUGAGUGGAAAAAGAGCCAUGACUUUGUGGAAAGGCAGAGGUGCGACAGCCGCUGUUGGACCUGCUGUCUGAGAAAAUGAGGGAUGUAGUGGUUGAAAGCCGGAGAAGUUCAGGAAAGACCUAUGCAUUACCAAAGGUUUGGACUGUUCAAGUCCCAGAUGUUAUUUUCUGACUGCUUUUACGGUUAUAUUUAAUGUUUGCUGGGACACGCAGCUGUCCUAACGAGAACCAACAAAACCAACUGCUGGUUUUUCACUUUUUGUCUGCCACUUUACAAAUGCUGGAUGUCUAGACAUUUAGAUGUAGCUCCUUCAAAAUAUUUGGCCUUAUUUGAUGUCAGAUCUUAGUACUUGGUGCAUUUUUCUCAGUCUUCUUUGAAACUGUUUUUUCAUUUCAUGUUUUUUUUUUAAAUUAGAAUUUACUUUCUCCUUUAUGAGUGGGAUGAAGAUCAAAGAGCUGAUUUUAUUAUUAUUAUUAUUUUUAACAGAGGACAACAGAUGUUUAAUGCUAGGCUGGAAAACUCGUUUGGAUGGCUUGAGAAAUCCUGCAGUUUUGUAGGAAAGUUGGUCAGUUAAUUCAAACCAGGGAUGGCUUGUUGUGUUUACUGAUUUCCAUGUUUAUCUGUUCAAACCCACACUUAUGUUUAUCUUGUCCAUAGAUUACCCUUUAAACUUCUCAUUUUAAGGUAGAUUUGCCCUUUAUUAACUCAAUAUAGCUUUUUAACCAGUUAUAAUCAGUCUAAGCCACUCAUGUUUGACUUCCAAGCCCUCAUCCACUAUCAUGCACACAAAAUUUCCACAAAUGUCUUUUCUUUGGACAGCGGUUCACUGAUACCCCGUCAACCUUCAGAGUCUAAGACUGUGGGCCUGUCAUGGCAAAAAAAAAACAACCUUUCUAUGCAGUACAGAUGUGUCAGUCCUUUUUUUUUUUAAAGCACGACCUGUAAAAACCUUUUAUUCAGACUUGGAUAUCCCUGUUUGUUGCUAAUUUAUUAUUCAAGAUGGGCAUUAAGAGAACUUAAAUUUCAGGAAGGACAAAGGUUUCAUUUGAAGCUUUGUGGGCCUGAAGACCAGAGAAAUGUUCACCGGAAUAAUGUAUUAUAGUGUAAAUACACUGUCUGACCUUUUGGACUUCACUCCUCUCUGAGUAAAACACUGUAAACAUUCUGACAUUCAUGUAAAGGAAAUAUAGGAAACAAACAUGACCAUGUUUUCUUACAGAACCGUAGGACUCAGAUUAUGAACAUGAAAACAAAAGUGUGCAUAUAAGCAACUCUCAUAAUUUUUCUACAUACAAGGAUGUAUAAUGCAUAAUUUCCUCUAUUAUUAGAAAUUCCUACAAAAGGAAGCUUUAUUGUAUGAGUUUUGUUUUAGCAUAAAAACUGAUUAAAUAAAAAUAAAUAAACUCAGUGACUUAAUUCAGAGGACUAGGAAGAAUUCUGUAGUGGUCAAAAAAAAAAAAAGGAAUGUUGAUGGGAUGGUGGUUAAAUCUGCUUUAGAAAACACAGAAAACACCUGACUUUUCCUCAUGAGAAAAAACUAAAAGAGAUCAAUGUAUUUCUGGGUAUAAAGCCAAAAAAAAAAGAUUUUCUUGAGAUCAUAUCAAAGAAUUCUGUGUGAGAUAAUGUAAUGUUGUCACCACAAUCUUCCCUCGUAAUUCUGCAGUGUGUUCAGUCUGCUCUCUGUUUCUGUUUUUUCUCCAUCCAUCUGGGCUCAGGUGCUGCUGGUAAAAUUGAAUUUCACGCCCACAGGUAAUACCUCACCGAAACCUAAUAUCACUCCAUUCAGAGGCCUUACUCUGACCCCGAUAGACCUGAGUGAGUCAUUGUUCCUGCUUUCUGGGUGUUGAAGACGACUCAGUCUUUCCUGAUCCUCUUAUUUCCAGAUAGUUCGGGUUACAGCCGAGUUACCCAGCAGCCCUCAUUUCAUUCCAUUUUUCUCUUUAAACAUCCAUGAAGGUCUCACUUUUUUUUUUUUUUUUUUUUGCUAUGACAUUUACCGUAACCAUCCUCCUGGGUUUUAGGAAGUGAACUGGUAGAUGUGGGAUUUAAACCUUCUAACAUUUAACUUCCUGUUUUUUGACCACAGAACUGUAUGUCUGAAAAGUCCAACGAGAGAGGAGAGGAAACAUAAAAGGUUUUCUUUAAAACUCGCCCAAAAACGUCUUGUUAAUGGCAGCGUUGAAUUUGGCGUGUAAGCUGCAGCUAAAGACGACACGUCUUCUGCACGUGUGCUUUAAAACUUUUUCCCCCUAUUUUUCCAGAUGUGCCAUACGGCUUCUCUACUGCUGUCAUUCCUAUUUUUUAGGGAUAUUUUUAAACCUGUGUGACUGCAAAGUGUAUCACGCUGAGAAUGAGCCCACAAGAGGAUUUUAUUAUUAUUAUAAUGUAUACUUAAAGGACAUUUUACAUUUAGCAGAAAAUAAAAUAGAUAAAAAGUUCCAUUGCUUUAUUCCAAAGACUUUAAUUUAUUAAAAAUAAAGAAAGACAACAAUAUUUUCAUACUUUGAGUUUUCAUUCCAAAUGCAUGUUUUGGGCAAACAUUCUCAGAAUUCUCUGUAGUAAUGCUUGAUCCACAAAACUAUAAAGCCAUAUAGCUUAUACGUAAAUAUAUAUUUAAAAUGCUUAUGUAAAUUAUUAUGCACGUGGACAAAUCAAAUCUAAAUAAAACAAAAAUAGUUUUCUGUUUACUAGUCAAACAAAUGAUCAGUUAAGUCUCUUUACACUGGAUUUAUGUAGAAUUUUUAUUUAUUUUUGUCAAGUUGUAAAAGAAAAGCGAUGUCCCCAGCAUUCACACCUUCAUUUCCUCUAUUCAUCUGUGCUUUAAACCCACCGAGUGCUUUAUCUGUACAGAUUUAUUUGAGGAGUUUGAGUGUUUCUUCUUGCUCUGAUCAAACAUUUGAAUGUGUUGUUUAAAAUAUUUUUUUUUCUUUCUGCUAGUGGGAAAAACUCUGUAUUGGAUUAAUUAUUUUAGUUAUUUCUGUCUGAUUAUUGAAGCUGUAGCUUUAAUUUAAGAGCCACUAAAUAACAAAGAUAUUUUAUUUACAUUAACUUAAGUUUUAUUUUAAUAUUUGAUUUGAUUUUGCAAGUUUUUAUUUUUGAGUUAAACUUUUGUUUUUCUUUGAUUUUGGUUGUUUUUUUCCUGUGGAUAUUUGGGUGAGAAACUAAUCAAAAGUCAUCCAGUAAAUGCAUCACUAAAAGAAUUCAUAUUGACAUUUUUUCUCCACCAUUUUCCACAAAAAGCACUUUAAUGAAGCGGUACCUUUAUCUCAAAUAGCUGAUGCUGGAGAAAGCAAUAAAAGGCUUUGAUUUGUGCAACAUGUGGUGAAACGGGCGACGCAUGAAAGGAACGGUGGUGGUGUGUCUUCUGGGUUUAGUAGAAACGUUGCUGAAUGUGAUGGAAUGAAUGGAUCCGAUUCUCCCUUUAAGUCCUUUUUUUUUCCUGUUUGAGAGUGUCGGUCAAUUGUUUUGAUAUCAUGAACUUCAACAUUGCAAUAAUGACAUAUAUUCUUUAUUUUAAUAGUAAAUGAACUCACUGUAUGUAAAAGGACAAAGAAAAUGUAUCAGACGAUGAAAAAAUGUACAAAUAUUUCCUUUCAAGUAAAUCAUUCUCAGUUCUCAGCAUUCCACUGUAAAGACCAAUAACAAAAAAUCAAUGUAAAGUAUGAAUGUAACUAGAAAAUGAUUAAAGUUUUACUUUAUAACAC